AUGACACGCUGGCGUACGUGUGUCAAAGCUAUUUUAUUUCAAUCAUCAUUUAAUUUGGAUGAAUGGGAAGAUAUUGAUGAUGAUAUUGAUACUCCAGACGAAGUUGAUGAAAAUUCUGAUGAUGCAGCUUCAGAUUUAAUUAAAUUACGUCAUCUAACAAAUACAGUUUUUAAUCGAUCACAAAAGUUAUUAUCUUUGUUUGAUAUGCUAUUGAUGACAGUAAUAAAUCGUUUAUUAGCAUCGUCAACAUUUUAUUUUGUACCGGACAACGAUUCUGGUACAAAUGGUAAUUCGAAGCAGAAUGACCAUCGAUCAGUUUAUCGUCUAGAAAGUUUAAUAAUUACAAAUAUACUAUUUAUCCCACAAUUAAAACCAUCUAUUUCAGUCUAUGAAAUAUUCAAUACACUAAUAUUUACAAACAAUAUGUCAUAUCAAGUUUAUACUUUGCCAAGAUUUCUUGGAAUUGAUUAUAAACGAAAUACGUCAUUAGCAUGCCAUAAUGGAGAUAAUGUUAUGAAUAAUUGUCAUUUUAGAAAAAUUACAUUUUGUCAUGUCUUACCCAUGACGGUACAUAAAAUUGAACAUUCAUGUUACAAAGUGUUUUUAUUCGAGGAAAAAUCAAUACAUGUUCGUGUAUUGAAUCCUCUGAGAAGCCACCGUAUAGAUAGUGAUGAACGUAUGAAUAAAAAUAUCGAUGACUUAGACAAUGAUAAUAUAAUCAUUAAAAAGUUUACUAUUGUUAUUUCACAAAUCUGA